AUGGCAGGAGGUGUGGAGAGGAACACAGUGAUGGGGAAUAGAUUAGUAUUAUAUGUGAGGCUGUUGGCAGUGAGUGCAUUACUGGGAACUGAUCUGAGCGGGUUAGGCCUGAAAGAACAGGUUGGGGUCAUUGCCCAGAACACUGAGAGAAGAGUAUUAGCACAUAUCCCUGGUGACAUCAUCAUAGGAGCUCUCUUCUCUGUCCACCACCAACCACCUGCGGACAAGGUCCAUGAGCGAAAGUGUGGUGCAGUGCGUGAGCAGUAUGGGAUCCAGAGAGUGGAGGCCAUGAUGCACACUCUGGAUCGAAUUAACGCAGACCCCACAAUCCUCCCAAAUAUCACUCUCGGCUGCGAGAUCAGGGACUCGUGCUGGCACUCUGCGGUGGCGCUGGAGCAGAGUAUCGAGUUCAUUCGGGACACGCUAGUGUCCAAUGAAGAGGAGGAGAACCAGGGCAGGUGUACUGCAGAGGCAGGGAGUUUGCUGGUGCAAGGGAAGAAGCCCAUUGUGGGACUGAUUGGACCAGGAUCCAGCUCUGUGGCCAUCCAGGUGCAAAAUCUCCUCCAGCUCUUCAACAUCCCACAGAUAGCAUACUCAGCCACUAGCAUGGAUCUCAGUGACAAGAGCCUGUAUAAAUAUUUCAUGAGGGUGGUGCCAUCAGAUAUGCAACAGGCCAGAGCCAUGGUGGACAUUGUCAAGAGAUAUAGCUGGAGCUACGUGUCGGCAAUACACACAGAGGGUAAUUAUGGUGAGAGUGGUAUGGAGGCAUUUAAAGACAUGGCAGCAAAGGAGGGGAUCUGCAUCGCCCAUUCUGAUAAGAUAUAUAGCAACGCAGGGGAACAGAGAUUUGAUAAGCUGUUGCAGAAGCUACGAGGCCACCUGCCCAAAGCCAGAGUGGUGGCCUGCUUCUGCGAGGGCAUGACAGUCCGAGGCAUACUGAUGGCCAUGAGACGACAACGCCUGGUGGGAGAGUUUCUGCUGGUUGGAAGUGAUGGCUGGGCGGACAGGUAUGAUGUGACAGAUGGCUACCAGAAGGAGGCAGCAGGUGGAAUCACUAUAAAGCUAAAGUCGGCUUAUGUGACCUGGUUUGAUGAUUAUUACCUGAACCUGAAGCCUGAUGCCAACCUGAGGAACCCCUGGUUCCCUGAGUUCUGGCAGCAUCGCUUCCAGUGCAGGUUGAGGGGACAUCCGCAGGAGAGCAGCAUGUACAACCGCACCUGCACUUGGAAAGAGUCUCUGCGACAUCAGUAUGCCCAAGACACCAAGAUGGGCUUUGUCAUAAAUGCCAUAUAUUCAAUGGCUUAUGGCCUGCACGCCAUGCAGGAAGCCCUCUGUCCAGGAUAUAAGGGUCUCUGUGAGUCCAUGCGGCCCAUUGAUGGCCGCAAGCUGCUGGAAUUCCUGAUGAAAACCAACUUUACUGGUGUAUCUGGGGAGACCAUCCUCUUUGACCAGAAUGGAGACUCACCUGGCAGGUAUGAAAUCAUGAACUUCAAGCGAAUAGGGGAGGAUGAGUACGCUUAUAUCCAUGUGGGCAGCUGGGAUCAGGGUGGCCUACAGAUGAACGAUGAGGAAAUCUGGAGUAACAACAGUGACAUGUCUGUGAUCCAAUCAGUCUGCUCUGAGCCUUGCCAGAAGGCACAGAUCAAGGUGAUCCGUAAAGGAGAGGUGAGCUGCUGUUGGACUUGCACUCCCUGCAAGGAGAACGAGUUUGUGUUUGAUGAGUACACUUGUCGAGCCUGUGUCCUUGGCUCCUGGCCCACAGAUGACCUCACUGGUUGUGAGCCAAUUCCGGUGCAGUAUGUGCGCUGGGGAGAUCCAGAGCCCAUCGCUGCAGUGGUCUUUGCCUGUCUGGGCCUCAUGGCUACACUUUUUGUUACUUCUGUCUUUAUCAAAUUUUGGGACACUCCUGUGGUCAAGUCAUCCAGUCGUGAGCUCUGCUACAUCAUCCUGGCUGGAAUAUGCUUGGGCUACCUGUGCACCUUUAGCCUUAUUGCCAAGCCCCACAUAGUCUACUGCUACCUCCAGCGGCUGGGAAUCGGCCUGUCCCCUGCCAUGAGCUACUCUGCCCUGGUCACUAAGACCAACCGAAUAGCACGGAUUUUGGCAGGCAGCAAGAAGAAGAUCUGCACCAAGAAACCGCGCUUUAUGUCCGCCUGCGCACAGUUGGUCAUCGCCUUCCUACUCAUACUGCUGCAGCUGGGGAUUAUUGUGGCACUUCUUAUCAUAGAGCCACCACAGGUGAUCUAUGACUACCCCAGUAUCCGGGAGGUACACUUGAUCUGCAAUCUGACCACUCUGGGGGUGGUGGCGCCCCUGGGCUACAAUGGCCUACUUAUCCUUAGCUGCACCUUCUACGCCUUCAAGACGCGUAAUGUUCCGGCUAAUUUUAAUGAGGCCAAGUAUAUUGCCUUUACCAUGUACACCACCUGUAUCAUCUGGCUGGCCUUUGUUCCUAUUUACUUUGGCUCCAACUACAAGAUCAUAACCAUGUGUUUUAGUGUCAGCCUCAGUGCCACGGUGGCUCUCUGUUGCAUGUUUGUCCCAAAGGUGUACAUCAUGCUCGCCAAGCCUGAGAAAAAUGUCCGGAGUGCUUUCACAACAUCCACAGUGGUGCGCAUGCAUGUAAGUGAUGUCAAGAAAGCUGCCAAGUCCAAAUCCUCUAGCAGCAUGGCCAACUUCUUUCGACGCCGUGGGUCUGCGCAGGACGACAUCAGUUCCAAUGGGAAAUCGGUGACAUGGGCGCAGAAUGAGCGCAGCUACAGACCAAACCUAUGGAAGAGGAUGUCGUUCCAUGUCAAGAAAAAGGAGGCAGUCGAGGUGAACCAGACAGCCAUCAUCAAGCCCUUCUCUAAAGGAGGAGAUACACCUGCGGACGCUGGCGUCACAGAGCAGUACGAGGAGCCACAGGUGUCUCAGCCCUUCACCUGCUCCACUGCUCAGUCACCUCUGCCCACUAUCAGCCUGCAUGCAGCGAAGGCACGGAGCUUCCAGGGAGGAGAGGAUGGAGAGGAGCCACAGGCUUUACCCACCUACGUACCUGAGCACCCUGCUGGGGUCAGAAGAAGAGGCGGGGACAACAGCCAGGGCGGAGGUAUGCCGGAUGGAGCGGACAUUAGUAUCAUAGGUGUGGGUGACAUCGGCAUAGGGAUUAUUGGCAGCCAACCUCAGGGCACCACCAUCAUGGACCAAAUCAGCUGUGUGGUGAACCGUUUCACUGCCAACAUUAGUGAGCUGAACACCAUGAUGCUGCCAGGGGGAGCUACCGUCAGCCCCACCUCCACCACUGCUCUGCCCACAGCUGCCGAUGCAGCCCCCUGCCCACCUCAGUACCUUGGAUCCAGGAGCAGACAGGCCCCCUCCACUGUCACCACAUAUGCUGAGGUCGCGGCCGUCUCCAAUUUCUGUGAGAACCGACCAACAGGUAAGAUUUAUGAGCACCUGGCCGGGACUUGCGUGAGUGGCAGGCGUGCUAAGGAUAUGGAGGAGCUGGUGGCUCUGACGCCUCCCUCCCCCUUUAGAGACUCGUCUCUGAGCUCCGACGGCAGCUCACCUCCAUCGCUGUCUCCGGCCUCUGAGGCUGAAUAUGACCAGCUGCUGCUGAAACACUACAGCCACAGCUCCUCUUCUCUCUAAACCUGCUCUCUCUACACCGUGAUCUCCCUGUUUAUUAUUUCUUUGGGAGUAUUUUACACUCCAAAAGACAAAGCU